CCCUCGUAACCCCCGGCAUUAUAGACAUCACGAGCAGCGGUACGUGCCUGGCACCUGUCUGCUGUUAGCUGUUUACAAUUGAUUGUUGACGAAAUGUACAGAUAACAAACAACUCUUGGACACAACAAGUCUUGACGUUUUGGCAAGACGUUUGCGAAGGACCCUAGACGUUUGGAUCGUCUUCUUCGGGUCCCGGUUUUUGGCCAGGGUGUGAACAACAUCAGUUUUGAGCCAUGGGAUUCUGGGUACAGUUGAAACUGCUGCUAUGGAAAAACUUCACACUCAGGAAGAGACAGAAGGUGCGGCUGCUGAUCGAGAUAAUCUGGCCGCUGAUCCUGUUCAUGAUCCUGGUGUGGAUCAGGACCAGCCGCCCCCCCUACAGUCAACAUGAAUGCCAUUACCCCAGCAAGGCACUCCCCUCAGCCGGCCUGAUACCCUUCAUGCAGACCCUGAUCUGUAACUUUGACAACAAGUGUUACGACCAGCCUCUGGCAGGGGAGGCACCUGGGAGGGUGUUUGAGUUCAAGGACUCACCGUUAUCGCAGCUGUAUUUUGACAUUGAUGAGCUGCUCUCCAAUGACACGGAGCUGUUGGGACUGGAGAAUCUUGUGGAAGACUAUCAGGCACUGCAGGAAUUAGUGGAGUUCUUCAACAACAGGAGUGCAGUGGUGCACCAUGGUCUGAAGUUUGCCGACAUGUUGGUGGAUGUAGACAGGAUGGAGCGUUUCCUGAGACACAACCUGUCCCUGGCACCUGACAUCGUUACCGACCUCAUCACGGCAGAGUUAAACCCACAACAGGCUGUCCAGAUGAUCUUCACUGAUCGCGUCCCCCUCCGCCGGAUUGUGUGCAAUGAGACUCUUCUCGGCCGGCUCAUCAUAUUCACCAACCCCUCCAUCACUUCUAACGUAACCACGGCGAUGUGCGGGCUGUCUGCGCAGAACCUGACAGCUCUGGCCAGGGAGUUCCAACGAGACGUGGACUGGUCCAAGUUCUUGGAGGAGAUCUUUAACUUUGUGCAAGACAACACCUCCUUGGACCCCGCAGAAGCCCAGGCCAGGUGGAAUGCUACGUUCCAGCAACUUCGCCGUCUGUCAGAAGAUAUCGGUGCUCUGGGUAGCUUCCAGUCAAUCAUCAACGACAUCCAAAACAUCACGUCUCUUCUUCGCGAGGAAAACGGGACCAUCCCAUCCCUGGGACUCCUGGUCUGCGGGAGAGAGGACGCCCUGAAUGUCGGCUCCUUCGCAGACAAUAUGCGCAUCUUUACCCAGGAGUCCAUGCAGUCCACACAGUUCCGUGAUUACUUCGAUAAGGAUGACUCGAAUGAUGCUGGAGACUUUGCCAAAGACAACAGGACAACUCCGUUUUGUCAGAAGCUGUUCCAUCAGCUGGACAGCCAGAGGCUGACCAAGUUCCUGUGGAGUUACCUGAAACCUUUGCUGGCAGGCAAGAUCCCGUACAGCCCAAACACACCCGCUGUCAGGAAAAUACUACAAGAGGCUAACUCCACAUUCCAAGAGAUUGGUCGUCUGGAGGACUUCGCUGACACCUGGCUGACUGUUCUGUCUCCUGAGAUCAAUGAUACCUUAACUAACAGUGACACUGUCAACUUCAUCAGGGAUUAUCUGUCAAACCCACUGUUUGCUGAACAGUUUGACGCAGCCAUGGAGGAGAGGCUGGGACCGGACCCAUGGCUGACCGCUGACUGGCUGGUCGGCUUCCUGGGUGGCAAUACCACCAGCGGCACCAACUACACCUGGGUGAACGCAAUUGAGGAGACAAACUCAGCAUUUCAAACACUGCUCAACUAUUUACAGUGCUUGGAGCUGAACAAGUUUGAGCCGAUGGAAACCGAGGAAGAUGUUACAAUCCGAGGACACGAACUUAUCGCUGACAACACCUUGUGGGCAGGUAUUGUAUUCUCCAACAUGAAUGAUGACCCUGGGUCUGAGGAAGUGAUCCCCCCACAUGUGGAGUACAAGAUCAGGAUGGACAUCGAUGUGGUCACCCACACCAACAGAAUAUUUGACAGGUACUGGAGGCCUGGAGCCCGUGAUCGACCCUUUAACGACAUGGCGUACAUCCGGGGAGGGUUCGUGUACCUGCAGGAUAUGAUCGACCAGGGCAUCAUUCGUGCUCUGACGGGAAAGGACGAGGAACCAAUCACCGGAGUUUAUCUUCAGCAGUUCCCAUACCCGUGUUACACUAAAGACUCGUUUCUGAGCGCAACUGCCAUGGUACUUCCCCUGGCCAUGUGCCUGGCAUGGGUGUACUCCGUUGCCAUGGUGAUCAAAAGAAUCGUUUACGAGAAGGAACUGCGCCUCAAAGAGGUGAUGAGGAUCAUGGGAUUGGGCGAUGGCGUCCACUGGGUGGCCUGGUUCAUCAACAGUAUGGUCGUCAUUUUCACCUCGGCCAUUCUCCUGGCGUUAUUGCUGAAGUAUGGAGCAGUGAUGCAGAACAGCAAUCCUCUGGUCCUCAUCGUGUUCCUGCUCUGUUUCGCCAUCGCGACCAUCAUGCAAUGCUUCCUGAUCUCCACGUUCUUCUCGCGAGCGAACCUGGCGGCGGCGUGCGGCGGGAUCAUCUACUUCGUUCUGUACCUGCCGUAUACGCUCAUUAUCGUGUGGGAGGACAGGAUGACCAACGGAUCCAAGGGCUUUGCUAGCCUGCUGUCGUCGGUGGCGUUCGGUUUCGGCUGUACGUACAUCGCGCGGUUUGAGGAGCAGGGGGUGGGGAUCCAGUGGGACAACAUCUGGACCAACCCCUCCCCCCAGGACUCCUUCACCUUCGGCUUCUCCCUCCUCAUGAUGCUGUUCGAUGCCUUCCUGUACGGCCUCAUGACCUGGUACAUCGAGGCUGUCUUCCCAGGACAGUACGGAGUGCCCCGUCCCUGGUACUUCCCCAUCAUGAAGUCUUACUGGUGCAGCUCUGACUCCAACCUUAGUGGACUCACUCAUGGCAUGGCUGACAUGCCACGGAUAGAAGAGUCAGAAGACUUUGAGAAGGAGCCCUCCCACCUUCCCCUGGGGGUGGGGAUACAGAACAUGACAAAGGUGUACAACGAUGGGAACAAGCUGGCUGUGGACGGACUUAGCCUCAACUUCUACGAAGGACAAAUCACGUCCUUCCUGGGGCAUAACGGUGCCGGCAAAACCACCACCAUGUCAAUCCUGACUGGUCUGUUCCCGCCCACCUCGGGCACGGCGUACGUUGAUGGGAAGGACAUCCGGUAUGAGAUGGACAAGAUCAGGAAGAGCCUGGGGAUGUGUCCACAGCACAACGUGCUCUUCGACAAUUUGACAGUGUCAGAACACUUGUGGUUCUAUGGCCGACUGAAGGGUAUGACAGAGGCAGAGGUACAGGAUGAGAUGGAGAGGAUGGUGAAGGAUGUCGGGCUGCCCAACAAGAAGCAUGAGAUAUCCAAGAACCUCUCAGGAGGCAUGAAGAGAAAGUUGUCCGUUGCCAUAGCGUUUGUGGCCAACUCCCACACGGUUAUCCUGGAUGAGCCAACAGCAGGAGUGGACCCGUACUCACGUAGGGGCAUCUGGGACCUGCUGAUUAAGUACAAGAAAGGCCGCACCAUCAUCCUGACCACCCAUCACAUGGACGAGGCAGACCUGCUGGGUGAUCGUAUCGGCAUCAUCUCUCAGGGCAAACUGCGCUGCUGCGGGUCCUCCCUCUUCCUAAAGGGUCGCUAUGGCAACGGCUACUACCUGACGCUCGUCAAGAAGUCGACAGGAAGCUUUGCCUCCUCCCGCUGUGGGAGCUCGUUCAGUAGUGUGGCCUCCAUCGCGAAGAAUGGACACAAUGGACAGUCCGUUGGUGAUGAAGGCCUUGGUUCUGAAGUGUCCUCAGACACCAGCGAUGACGGAGCCUCAGCCAUGUCAAGUGUACUGGACAUGCCUCCUGGGGAGAUGACAGGCAUCUUCAAUGAAAAUGUGGUGAACUCCCUGGUCCUGUCCCACAUUGCUGAUGCCAAGUUGCUGGAGAACAUCGGGAAGGAGGUGAUCUUCCUGCUGCCCAACGGUCGCAGUAACGGAGCCGCGCUGGAGAAACUGUUCUCUGAUCUGGACGCAAACCUGGACAGGCUGCACAUCUCCAGCUACGGCAUCUCUGACACCACCCUGGAAGAGAUCUUCCUGAAAGUCGCAGAGGAGACUGGAGUGGACAUGGAUGUGGAGCAGGCGAUAGAAGAGAUCACAGAAGGUGGCCAGCUGCCCAAACCCAUCCUGCCAGGCCUGCGCAGGACUAUGUCUAAGGAAGGCAGAACCAGCAAGAAGAAGAUGAACGCUAUCUCUAUUGAUGUGCCAGACAACCUGGUACUGGUGGAUGAAGAAACAGUUCCCAAUAUGGAUGAUGACCCAAUAGAGGACAAGAAAGGAGGUCAGGGGUCGUACCAGAUCAAAGGUCGUGACCUGAUCAAGCAGCAGUUCUGGGCUCUGUUUGUGAAGAGGUGGCACCACACCCGCAGGAACAGGAAGGGCUUUGUCGCUUCGAUCAUCCUGCCAGCAGUGUUUGUGUGCAUCGCCAUGAUCUUCGCCAUGAUCGUCCCUCCCCUCCAAGACUACCCCGCCCUGAAGAUAGACCCGUCUCUCUACAAGGGACCUGAGAACCCACUCUACACCUUCUUCAGUAACGAUGCCCCAGAGGCACCGGACACCGACGCCUUGCUGAACGCUCUGCUCAACCAACCAGGAAUGGGCACCAGCUGUAUGGAUUCUGGUGGGAAGGGUGCUCCAGUGUGUAAGAAGACCAGAUCCUCCUGUGUGGUACCCAAACCCAGGGCCCUGUCAGACAGAAUGAAGAGGAUGUUUGCUGCUCAGAAUGCCAACUUCACACCCACUGCUGCUCGUCCCUCCCCUGACUGUUCGUGUGAGGCGGGUAGCUCCGUGUGUCCCGCUGAAGCGGGUGGACCGUUCCCGCCGUGUGACAUCGGAGAGACAGGAGACUACCUCAUGAACAUGACGGGCCGCAACAUCACCGACUACCUGGUCAAAACCAUGGACAGGUACAGGAGAAACAGAUAUGGUGGCUUGUCCCUUGGUGAGGUCAACGACCUUGUGGGAGAGGUGAACUACACUCUGUUGGCCAGGGUGAUUGACAGGCUGGAGAAGAGGAUCAACUUCACCUUGGUGGAGAGUCAUGACAACCUUGUGGAAGCUAUCACUGACUUCAUCAUCAAUCUGGAAACCAGGGAUAAUGCUAAGGUGUGGUACAACAACAAAGGUUACCAUGCAAUGGUUGCUUACAUCAACGUCAUCAGUAACGCCAUCCUGCGCGCCAACCUGCCGCCCGGUAGCGAUCCCCGACAACACGGUAUCACUGCCUUCAACCAUCCAAUGAACUUCACCAAAGAACAGCUGUCCGAGGAAACAUUGCUGAAGGGUGGGGCUGAUGUUGUCAUCGCCAUCUGUGUCAUCUUUGCGCUGUCCUUCGUGCCGGCGAGUUUCGUGGUGUUCCUGAUCGGGGAGCGAGUCAGCAAGUCCAAACAUCUGCAGUUUGUGAGCGGGGUCAACCCUACCGUCUACUGGUGUGCCAACUUCACCUGGGAUAUGUGUUCGUACCUGGUGUCUGCCAUGCUGUGUGUGUUCAUCUUCGUGGCCUUCCAGAAGGCUGCCUACGUGUCAGCUGCUAACUUCCCCUGUCUGCUGGCACUACUGCUACUCUAUGGCUGGGCGGUGACCCCUCUGAUGUACCCAGCUGCAUAUGUGUUUGAUGUCUCCAGUACUGCCUACGUGGUGCUGACCAGUAUCAACCUCUUCAUCGGCAUCAACGGCACUGUUGCCACCUUCAUCCUGGAGCUGUUUGAGGAUGACCAGGAGAUCAUCACCAUCAAUAACUACCUGCGGCAGGUGUUCCUCAUCUUCCCGCACUUCUGUCUGGGGCGGGGUCUCAUGGACAUGGCCAGGAACCAGCUGUAUGCUGAUGCCUUCUCACGAUUCGGUGAGAACACGUUUAAGAACCCGUUUGCCUGGGACCUGGUGGGCAGGAACCUGUUCUCGAUGGUGAUGCAGGGGAUCAUCUUCUUUGCCUUUACUCUACUGGUGGAGUACAGGUUCUUCAUCAAGCCAAGGAAAGUGGACAGUGAUGCCCCUGCCCUGGAGGAUGAGGAUGAGGAUGUGGCUGAGGAAAGGGAGAGAGUGAUCAGGGGAGAUACUCAGGGGGACCUGCUGGUGCUGGAGGAGCUCACCAAAGUGUACCAGUCCCGUGGCAGGAAGAACCGUGCAGUGGACAGGAUCUCUGUGGCAGUGCCGGCAGGAGAGUGUUUUGGUCUGUUGGGAGUGAACGGUGCAGGGAAGACCACGACCUUCAAGAUGCUGACAGGAGACUCCUCUGUGACGAGUGGGCAAGCCUGGCUCAACUCCUACAGUAUCCUGUCCGAGAUGCGUGACGUGCACCAGUCCAUGGGGUACUGCCCACAGUUCGAUGCCCUGGACCCCCUGAUGACAGCCAGGGAACACCUGCAGUUCUACGCCAAACUGAGAGGGGUCCCCAAAUCUGAGAUUGACAGGGUUGCUCGCUGGGGAGUGCGGACCCUGGGUCUGUCCCAGUACUCUGACAAGUGUGCUGGAACUUUCAGUGGAGGCAACAAGAGGAAGCUAUCCACAGCCAUCUCUCUCAUCGGGAACCCUCCUGUAGUUUUCCUGGAUGAGCCGACCACCGGUAUGGACCCGGGAGCUCGGCGGUUCCUGUGGCAGUGCAUCACCCGGCUGGUGAAGGAGGGGCGCUCGGUGGUGCUCACCUCCCACAGCAUGGAGGAGUGUGAGGCGCUGUGCAACAGGAUGGCCAUCAUGGUCAACGGCAGGUUCAAGUGUCUGGGCAGCGUCCAGCACCUCAAGAGCAGGUUUGGUGAUGGCUACACUGUCAUGAUCAAGGUAGGAGGAGACCUGCCCAGCGUUCAGCCUGCCUGUGACUUCAUGGCAGCGACCUUCAGUGGGGCAGUCCUGAAGGAGAAGCACCACAACAUGCUGCAGUACCAACUGCCCUCCCAGUGGACCUCGCUGGCACAGCUGUUUGGGGAGCUGGACAGGAAGCGACAGGAGCUGAACAUUGAAGACUAUUCAGUCAGCCAGACUACACUGGAUCAGGUCUUCAUCAACUUUGCCAAGCUGCAGACAGACGGAAUCGAUGACAUCGUCAUUCCUGAAAUGGCGGAUCUGAUCAAGGAACCUCAGAAUGGGAGCGCCCCUUAUGGCAUGUACUUCUCAGACAUCCGCUCCAGUAGUGAGAUGGCAUUGUUUACAGACACGGCUUCUGUCAGUUCCGUUGAGGCAUAGUGUCGGAAAUUCAGCUGAAAUAGGAUAUAGGAGAAUUCUUUUCCAAAACCAGUUUAUACUUGCUUGGCUUUCAUUUUGAUGUCUCUCAGACAACUUCCUCAGAACUUCUAAAUGGAGUUCUGCUUCUCGCUGCUAUAUGUAGGUGGCGCUUUUGCGGCUAGAACACAAUCGUGUACAUACUGGUUGUGGAAAAGAAUUCUCCUAUAUUCUACCUUGAUUCUACUAACCUGAUGAAAUUAUUGUUGGAAGUUCAGCCAACAGAAAUCCUCAGUAUGACAGCGAAAAUAGAGCUAAAAUCAUGUGAUGAUCUGUUGAAGUACAGCCAAGAUAACUUUGUUUAUAUAUGUAAGUCUAAGGUUGUUGCCAUUUUAGUCUCUGGAACGUGAUGAAUUUAUCAAGUAAUUACAAGUGCAAAGUAAUGAUUUGUCAACACAGGGUUUAUGUGAAUGGGACAGAGUGUAUGUAGUCCGAUGUUUUUACAUGUAAAUGUACAGUUUUGUGCUAAAAUUGCAGUAAAUUUGAAUUUCACGUUCAAGAAGAUAAUGUUCGAGAUAAAUUGACACUGACAACAUACAUUUUACUUUUUUAGAACUCAUAUUAAGAGUUUAAUUUUUGAAUAUGCAUAUGCAGUUCGUACCCUUUGAAUCACCCUUUUAAGAGUAUUGGUUAGUCUUGUGUUGCUUAGUGUUAGAUACUCUUACAGUAUCAAAUGGAAUUUGCAUUUAGUAGUAUUGUUACAAGGCUAGUGUACCUCAUCUUUUAAGUUUUAUGUGGCAGAGGUAGAUGAGUCGGAGAAAUUGCGCACAACACAAAAUGCAGUGGCAAUGCAAAGAUAGUGAACAGCGGGGUGCAGCAGUGCAAAAAUAUGCACAAAUGUUAACAAGAAAGGUAUUUUGUUUUUCUCAGACUUUGUUUUAUUUUUAAACAGGUCUUCUAUUAUGAGUUAUGUUAAAUUGAACAGAAUAACAAGAUUAUAAGCACUGUCAUUGUUUGCAGUGGAUGUUCCAUUUUCAAGUCAGGGCUGUCUCCAGCUUAAAAUUUUUUUUCCGCCCUACUCAUUGUUUGUGAGCUUAUGUUGCUGAUUUACCAGGCAGAAUAUGUCAUUUUAAGCUUAAAAAAGUACAUUUUCAACAGUUUUAAGUCAUUUUUGGGAUGGAUAGAGUAUUAUUUUCUAUCCCAACAAGGAAAUUGGAACAAGAAGGAUGGGUCCUGUAGACAGCUCUGCUUGUAACAGAUCAUGAUUCUCUAUGUCUGGUGCAAUGAUGUUCAGACUAGCGCGCAUAGCUGGAGUAUGAAGUGACAGACUUGUACCAGAACACUUUUAAUUGUACUUGUCUUUAGCAUGCACAUUAACAUUAACAUUGUUUCAAUCCGAAAAGAUUGAUGAAAUACAUUCCUUUUAAAGAUGAAAUUUAUAUUCUUAAGGCAUGAAGUUAAGAUUGAAUGUAUAUGUUGGAAGAAACUAGAUGUACUGUAUGGUAGCUGUUUCAAUAUGGCAUGGUUAUAUAUUAUGCAGUAACAUCUUUAUGAGAUUGCAAGCAAAAUGUAAACCAUUGCAUGUAUUUAUAAUAGACCCUAGUGGAUUGUUCUUUAUCCCUUGAAUGUAUAUAUUGUUGGAAUGAAAAUUGGUAUUUUAAAAAUAGUGCUAGUGCUUAUGCACUGUUACAUCUCUACAAGAUUGCAAAUUACUUUUUACAAUUUAUAGUACCCAUAGAAGGGACACUUGUAAAUGAUAAACUACAUUUGUACAGUUGUGAUCAUAUUCUGAAUAAGAUGCUGCUACAUCUAACUGAAUAUUCACAUUGUUUGAAGAAAUUAACCUAUUUUUGUGAGUGCAGUGAUGACAGAAAGCUAUGCAAAUGGUUAUUGUUGCUUGAGAAAGUAUCUAUAUGAAGGGUGGUAUUCAAAAGUUGAUGGAAUGAUGGAAACAGUAUCACAUCUGUGUGGAGAGUUUACGGCAUUUUAUCCUUAAUGAUUUAUGCACAUUUACUUAAUAUAAUAUUGUGAAAGAACUUUUACUUUUAUGCACUUGUUUUUGUGUUUUCAUCUCCAAAAAUUGUCAAUCAGGUAUUGACUCAUAAACAAGUUUUUGAACUUGCACAACUUGUUUUGUCUUGUUAUGAAGAGAUUGUAAUUUAAAACAUGCAGUACUGUACUAGUCUAAUGUAUACGUGUAUAUUAUAUUUGUUUCGCUGCUUUUCAGCAUAUUUACAAUAUGCAGUGCACCUUUUAAAAGCUAUUUUGUAAUUGGCAUGUGUGUUACAAUUCGUGGGGACAUAAUAAACAAGGGAAACAGCUACAG